CAGCACUUGCCUUCAUUUUCGUUCCGUUCUUCCCUGAACGAAGCUAAGGACUUGAAUUCAAAAACUAAGCUUUACUGUUAGCUUUGUCCGCUCGUGGUCGUUUCUUAUAGCAGUACAGGAAUCAAGCUUUGAAGCAGACCCGUAUAUAGUGUACGCAACAUGGAUUGCACAGAUCCGAAAGAGGUAGCUUCACGCCUGGGAAAUAUUGCUUUCGGCAACGUUAUUGCAGCAGCAGCACGCGAUCUCAAGAAAGAGAUUCAAUCAUCCCAAAAGACAGCUCCCGCAACGGCCGACGAUGAUUUCGAUCUCGACGACCUUGCCGAUGACCCUGAGCUUGAAAAGCUUCAUGCGGAACGACUACAGUCCAUGAUGGCCGCGUCCAGGAAGCGUGAAAACCUACGGAAGAAGGGACAUGGGGAGUACCGGGAGAUCACGGAGGAAGAGUUUCUACCAGAGGUCAAGUCGAGCGAAUACGUCCUCUGCCACUUCUAUCACGCCGAGUUCCCUCGUUGCAAAAUCGUUGACAAGCAUUUAGCCAUUCUGGCACCGAAGCACUUGGAGGCCAAAUUUGUGAAGAUUGACGCAGAGAAAUGCCCUUUUUUUGUGUCCAGACUAAACGUCAAAGUUCUACCGUGCAUGAUUCUAUUCAGGGAUGCUGUUGCUUGCCAUAGAAUAAUUGGGUUUGAGGCGUUUCGAAAUCGUGACAACUUCUCAACGUCUGAACUGGAAAACUACUUGAUCAAGCAAGAGUUCUUGGAGGCAAGGCAGGAUGAGGAGGCUGAAGAGGAGGAUGAAAAUAAGGGAAGAAGUAUAAGGGCAUCUUCUCUUUCAAGUGGACAUGACUAGCUACACCUCCUUUGAGGGAGCAAUGACAUACUCCGAAAGCCAAACAUCAUCAGCUUUUUGUAUUCAAGCGGUCUCACUAUUCUGUCUGGUGUAGUGGAUGAUGGAUUUAGUAACGGGACCCGUGACAGUUGGAUCCCCGAUUCAAGCAUUUUCGUUGGUACAAUGUGAGGGUGUGGAACAUACAGUUC